UCCGUUUGAACGGCGGGGAGGCGGUGCAGUCAGACACGCGAAUUCUCCUCGCCCUUCAAAAGAUUCUCCCCGAAUCUUCUCUCCAGUUCCGCCGGCUACGCGCCUAUAAGAGGGAGCGGCUGUGACUGCUCCCUCUUGGUCGACGCAAGGAAAUCGAAGCUCCCCAUUUUCCGAACACCAAAGAAAAAGGCGUUAGCAAGAGAGCUGCCGAACAUGGUGGCAACUAGAGUGCUCCGUUCUUGCAGGACGGUGCAGAUGGAUCUGUCCCCUGCAUCCGCUUCCCCCUCGUCCGCCCACUCCAUGCUCAGGUUUCCGGUGAGAGCGUCGGGCUUGGACGGGAGGAACUCAGGAAAGUGCGCCACGGGAGGUGACUCCAAGAGGACGAUGGUCCGGGCAGUAGUUUCCGACGCGGUGGUCGUCCACCGGAGGGCCGCGGAAAAGGGAGCGGUGGAUCUGCGCGAGUUGCUGUCGGAUGUGGUGGCUGCCGUCGAGGCCUUGAAGCUGGGUUUCGGGGGGAAGUCCUGGAAGUUAAAAGUUCAGAAGGCAAUCGAAAAGUUCAUCCUUGACUUCAGAUUCGGCACGCUUAUCGCCGUAGUGGGUUCUCUCUUGGGUUCCAUACUGUGCUUUGCUGAGGGUUGCAAUAUAAUAGCUCGGACAUCGAUGGAAUACUUCCACGCUAUGUGGCAAAGAACGGAUCAAGCGCAGACGGUGUUGAAGCUUAUGGAAGCCAUAGAUAUGUUCCUCGUUGGGACUGCCAUGCUCGUCUUCGGAAUGGCUUUGUACAAUUACUUCAUACGUCCACGACAUCUCAAGCAGAGUGAAGAUCUGCAGCCUAAUUCUAACCUGCUUGGACUUUUCCACCUCAAGAGCCAGCCUCAAUGGGUGGAGAUGGGUUCACUAACAGAGAUUAAGACAAAGAUCGGACACGCUGUGGUGAUGAUAUUGCACGUGGGGAUUCUGGAGAAGUUUCAAAAUGUGACAAUAGCCAACGCGAUGGACCUGACAUGCUUUGCAGGAGCAAUUCUUGUUUCUUCCGCUUGUGUAUUCCUUCUUUCGAGGCUUGCGGUUCAAGGAGACAAGUCCGGAAGGUAGUCGUGGUCAAGUAGAGAGAUGAGAUAAGUCCGGGAUGUAGUCGUGGUCGAGUGGAGAGAUGAAGCUUCCCAUUAUACGUGGUUAUUUUCAUUCUUUUUCACACAUUCUUUGUAGCUCAUACAUCAUACUGCAUGACGCUCUCCUCCUCUACGGAGGCAUGUAACUACAAUUUUACAGAGGCUUGUUACCACGAUUAUUUGUAGUC